AUGGGGCUAUUUAUGAGGGAUAUAAAUCAAUGUUUUUAUAUGGGAUAUGGUACAAUUUCUGGGAGUGGUCCCAUGAAUGCUGGAGCCCAAAGCUACAGCUUGUGCAGCUUAUACGUAAAUCCAGAGCAGCAUCUUUCUGAAGGAAAAUCCGCAGCGAGAUUUGAUCAAGAGUCUCUCAUCCUUCUGUUCUUACCAUUAAGUUCUCCUUCUCCUUCCGUGACAUGGUGGCGAGAUUCUGUACUUCUCGAUGACUCGUACUAUAUCACAACGCAGGGCUACGUCAGGAACGACAUAACUCUCGUGAGGGUUCGAAGAUCGGAUCUAUCUGCCGUAUUCACCUGCCAAGCUGCCAACAACAACCUUACGGUACCAACGUCCAAUUCCGUCACACUAGACCUCAAUCUCAGGCCUCUUGAUGUCCGGAUUAUCAAUGCUCAACCCCAUUUUUCUACGGGAAAAAUGGUGACCUUGGAGUGCGAAUCUACUGGUUCCAGGCCAAGGGCUAUCAUGACAUGGUGGAAAGGAUCUCAAAAGAUUCAGUCUGGAAAUGAAAUCAUUUCAGACAAUGGGAAUCUCACCCUAAGUACUUUGUCUUUUGUGCCAACACCUGAGGACCAUGCGAAAAAGUUCACCUGCACUGCCGAAAACCCAUCCCUUCCCAACAGUCUGAUUGAAGAUUCGAGAACAAUCACAGUACACUAUAUUCCUGAGCUGAGGUUAGCAUUGGGUGCUAGUAUUCAACACACUGCCAUCAAAGAAGGAAGUGAUGUGUACUUCGAUUGCAACAUUCGCGCCAAUCCUUGGGUUUAUGACGUUAGUUGGCACUUUGAAGACAAGAUACUAUACAGCAACCUUUCCGGAGGCAUCAUUGUCAGCAAUCAGUCUUUAGUACUUCAGAGAGUUAAGAAAGAACAUAGAGGAAGAUACCAGUGCGUGGCUUCAAAUUCAGAAGGAGAAGGUCGGAGUGAAGAAGUUCACUUGGAUGUACAAUUUGCUCCCGUCUGCAAAUACGGACAAGGUGGAAUUUUUGGAAUAGCAAAACAAGAAACUCUAAAUAUCACAUGCGAAGUUGAAGCAGAUCCAACAGAUGUUCGGUUUAACUGGGCUCUUAAUAACACCGUAGAAAUGAUCGAAGUUAAAAAAUUCCUCACCGAAGGGACAACAAGCACAGUUUUCUACACACCACAGAAUAUGCUAGGAUACGGUGCCUUGCUUUGCUGGGGCACCAACAGCAUAGGAAGGCAGAAAGAUCCGUGCAUCUAUCGUGUUGUGCCAGUGGGUCCCCCAGAAACAAUGCGUAAUUGCGUGGUCACGAAUCAUACUACCGACUCCCUCCUCAUUCAGUGUGAACCCGGAUAUGAUGGUGGUCUUCCCCAAACAUUUCAUCUUGAAGUAUACAGUUCUACGAAUGAGCAUCUCAGAGGUAAUUUGACAGCUGAAGAUAGCCCAACUUUCCUGGUGGACAACUUGCUGACUGGGACAUCAUUUAUUUUGGUACUUUAUGCUGCCAAUGCCAAAGGUAGAAGCAAUUCCGUGGCACUUGUUGCAAGCACACUCAGACCAGCAGAACGGCACACAGCGGAAGAAGAUGAACCGGCUCUAAGUCCCUUUAUAGGAAUACUAAUUGGAAUUGUAUCGGCCAUUGUAAUACUUACUAUUGUCAUCAUUAUAAUAGUUAAAUGCAGAACCCGUGAAAGGCAAAAAG